GCUGCCAGGCUGCCAGCCGGUCAGUUAGUAUCUGCCAAUUUUCAAUUCAUGCACAUCUUCCGAAAAUGCGCGUCGGUCAGGAGGGACCUUACGAUGAUGAAGUGGUCCCUGACACCCUCUUGCAUGUCUACGUCUACUUCGUUGAAUGGCACGGCCGUCCUGAACGGUCAGUCUGCUACACCUGAUUUCGAUCACAACGAUUAUAACUCACAUCUUCGUCAGCUGGAGCAAGGUUCGAAAGUCCAGCUCCAGGACCUCCGUGAACGUUCCUGGGACUCCAAACUUUCCAAAGAGUUCAUCAUGCGCUUGCACAAUGGGAUUUAUGCCAAUGAAUUGCGUGGUUCGCGCAGCUGGCGGGGAGCUGUUCUAAUGAAGGAUUGCAUCUCCUUGGCCAACUACCAGCGGCUCUUGCAACGUCUGCGACCGGGAACGAUCUUUGAUCUCGGAACUGCAGGUGGUGGCUCUGCUUUGUGGCUUGCAGAUCAGUGUAGGGCGCUGCGCCUGCCAACUCGAGUGGUGUCGUUAGACAUCGAGGACAUGCGGGCGCCUGAGGUGAAACAACUCCACCAGGAAGAAGGCAUCGAAUUUGUGACGUGUGACGUUACCCAGGCCUCCGACAAGUUGAAGGAUCUCCUCUUGCCAAAGCCUUGGCUAAUCUCCGAUGACUGUCAUGUGGACUCUGGCAAGAUCAUGGAGCAGUUUGAGAAGCUGGGAAUGGACCAGGGGGACUAUGUCUUGUUCGAAGAUACCCACUUGGCCACGGCCGAUGAGUGCGGCAUGAACGCCGACAAGCCCAAGGAGUACACCUGUGACCACUUUGCCAUUGGGAAGCAAGAUCAUGUCAAGGCCGCGAUGUUGGAAAGGGCUGAUGAUUACAAGAUUGACACCGACAUUCAGGACUGUUAUGGCUACAAUGCUGCGCGCUACGUCAAUAGUGUUUUCGUUCGGGUCACGAAACGUGCCUGA